CACGCAGCAUCUGGUGGAGGAUUAACAUACAUACAUGUGUAUGUAUGCGUCACGUAUAUAUUUACUGCAAAUGGUGGGGAUCGUUUAGUGCCCGAGAUGGGAGACCUGAAGUCAGGUUUUGAAGAGGUGGAUGGCGUGAGGCUCGGCUACCUCAUCAUUAAAGGAAAGCAAAUGUUUGCCCUCUCCCAAGUCUUCACGGAUCUGCUGAAAAACAUCCCGAGGACGACCGUGCACAAGCGCAUGGAUCAUCUGAAAGUGAAAAAGCACCACUGCGAUCUGGAGGAGUUGCGGAAACUCAAGGCAAUCAACAGCAUCGCCUUCCACGCCGCCAAAUGCACUCUCAUCUCCCGGGAAGACGUGGAAGCGCUCUACACCUCCUGCAAAACCGAGCGCGUCCUCAAGACCAAGCGCAGGAGGGUCGGCCGGGCCCUGGCCACAAAGGCGCCGCCGCCAGAGCGCGCCGCCGCCGCCGCCGCCGCCGCCAGCCCCCGCCCGGGUUUUUGGAAGGACAAGCACCAACUUUGGCGGGGCCUGAGCGGAGCCGCGCGGCCCCUGCCAAUCAGCGCGCAGUCCCCGCGCCCGGGCGCCGCCGUCGUGCGCCCAGCCGCCCAUCUACCUCAGAUUUUUAGCAAAUACCCGGGCUCGCACUACCCGGAAAUCGUGCGCUCGCCUUGCAAACCCCCUCUAAACUAUGAAACUGCCCCGCUCCAGGGAAACUACGUCGCUUUCCACUCGGACCCUGCUUAUUUUCGGAGCCUGCUGUGCAGCAAGCACCCGGCUGCCGCCGCCGCCGCCGCAGCCGCCGCAGCCGCCGCGGCCGCCGCCGCCGCCGCCGCCGCCGCCUACUACCAGGCGUCGGCGGCCGGGCCCCAACCCAAGGCGGCGGCGAGCGCCGGAGGCCCCGUGAGCCUGACCUACCGGUGCAAGCGCAAGCGCGGGGGCGCCAAGGACUGCCUGCUGGAACCCCACGCCGGCGCCCGCCGCCUGCUUCUGCUGCCCAGGUCCUACAAAGCCAAGGCGGCGGCCGCGGCGGCGGCGGCGGCGGCGGCGGCGGCCGCCGGGGCCACUUGCCUGGAGAGGUUUCAUCUGGUUAACAGCUUCUGCCCGCCUCCCCACCACCACCAUCACCACCACCACCAUCACCACCACCACCAUCACCACCACCACCACAGGGCCCAGCAGCCGCAGCCGAAUCACCACCCCCCUCAUCACCACCGGCCGCAGCCCCAUCUGGGCAGCUUUCCCGAGAGUUGCAGCAGCGACUCCGAGUCCAGCUCCUACUCGGACCAUGCAGCCAACGACUCAGAUUUUGGCUCCAGUUUGUCUAGCUCCAGCAACUCUGUGUCCUCGGAGGAAGAGGAGGAGGAGGGAGAGGAGGAGGAGGAGGAGGAAGAGGAGGAGGACGAGGAGGAGGGGGGCAGUGGGGCCUCGGAUUCCAGUGAAGUCAGCUCGGAGGAGGAGGACUCGUCCACGGAGUCGGACUCCAGCUCCGGCUCUAGCCAAGUGUCAGUGCAGAGCAUCCGUUUCAGGCGCACCAGCUUCUGCAAGCCUCCCAGCGUGCAGGCGCAGGCCAACUUCUUGUACCAUCUGGCCUCCGCCGCCGCUGCAACCAAACCCGCUGCUUUCGAGGAUGCCGGCAGACUUCCCGACCUCAAGAGUAGUGUCAAAGCGGAGUCGCCCGAGGAGUGGAAUCUGCAGAGCUGGGCCCCCAAAGCGUCUCCGGUGUACUGCCCGGCCAGCCUGGGGAGUUGUUUCGCAGAGAUAAGGAACGAUAGGGUAUCUGAGAUUACAUUCCCACACUCUGAAAUUUCCAGUACUGUAAAGAGAACUGAGCUGACAAUUAACUGCCUGGCGGAGGGGGCCUCUUCACCUAGCCCAAAGACAAACAAUGCAUUUCCACAACAAAGAAUACUCCGAGAGGCUAGGAAAUGCCUACAAGCAACUCCUACUACAUACUGUGCAGAUAACAACACAAUUGCUGCUAGGUUCUUAAGUAAUGAUUCUUCAGGAGUGGCAGCAAAUUCAGAAAAAGAUUCCAAAAUCCCUCAUUGCACUGAAUUUGCUACGGAUUUGCCCUCUUCGCCAACUGAUCCCGAGGUGGAUGCAGCAGCAGCAGCAACUAAAGCCGAGAAUCCCUGCACUGACACAGGCGACAAGACAUUGCCAUUUCUGCACAAUAUUAAAAUCAAAGUAGAAGACAGUAGUGCUAAUGAAGAAUAUGAACCUGACCUUAUUACAAAUAAGCUAAAGUGCGAGUGCAAUGAUACAAAGGGUGAGUUUUACAGUGUGACUGAAAGUAAAGAGGAGGACGCCUUGUUAACCACAGCCAAGGAAGGUUUUGCAUGCCCUGAAAAAGAAACUCCUUCCUUAAAUCCACUGGCUCAGAGUCAGGGCCUUUCAUGCACUUUAGGUUCUCCAAAACCUGAGGAUGGGGAAUAUAAAUUUGGUGCCAGGGUGAGAAAAAAUUACCGGACACUAGUACUGGGAAAGCGACCUGUACUUCAGACACCUCCAGUCAAACCAAAUCUGAAAUCAGCUAGAAGUCCUCGUCCUACAGGUAAAACUGAGACACAUGAAGGAACACUGGAUGAUUUUACAGUUAUAAACAGACGCAAAAAGGUAGCCAGCAAUGUAGCAUCAGCAGUGAAAAGGCCAUUUAAUUUCAUGGCAAAUUUUCCUUGUCCACCAUCACUCAUUAUUGGGAAGGAUGGGGAUUUGUGGCCAGCAUAUUCCUUAAACACCACUAAGGAUUCCCAACCUCCUCACAAGGCCCAUCCUAUAUGGAAAUGGCAGCUGGGCGGUUCUGCAAUACCUCUUCCACCUAGUCACAAAUUCAGGAAAUUUAAUUCAUAAAAGCGUUUUGGAAGAUAUUUUCUUGAACCAUAUUCCCUUCCUUUUGUUGUAAACUGCACAGGAUGCUUUGUACAAGUCCAUUAAUGUGUUACACCCCUUUUGGAGUCCUGGUUUAUCGCAUUUUGAAGACAGAAAUCGGAUUACUUUUUUUUCCA